AUGUCGGGUCUUGUAUGGAAUGUCCGCGGCUUAAACAAAUCAACUAAACAUUCCAUUGUUCGUAGGUGGAUUCAGAAUCAAGGUUUUCAGUUUGGUGCUCUGUUGGAGACCAGAGUUAGAGAGGGUAAAGCUGGGAGGGUAGCAGCUUCAGUUUGUAGAGACUGGUCGGUUAUUACUAAUUUUGAGUUCAAUCGUCUUGGUCGAAUCUGGGUGAUGUGGAGCCCCAGGACGCGAUUGACUCUGUUCUUCAAAAGUGGUCAGAUGAUCACAGUAACGGUUAAGCUUGAAGAUAAAGACGACAGACCCUGGAUCUGUCUUGGAGAUUACAAUGAGAUUUUAGAAGGAGAGGAACACUCUCAGUACAAAAACUCUCCAAACAUCACUUCGGGUAUGCGGGAUUUUCAAAAUCUGGUGCUAGAUUGUCAUCUAGAGGAAAUGGCUUAUCAUGGUCCGUUAUUCACUUGGUGCAACAGACGAGACACAAGCCUAAUUUCGAAAAAGCUUGACAGGGUUCUGAAAAACACUAGAUGGGAUCUUUCUUUCCCACACUCGUAUAAUGUAUUUGAGGCUGGAGGAUGCUCAGAUCACUUACAAUGUCGGUUACAUCUGGAGGCAGGCAGAGCAGAGGGGAAUAACCCUUUCAAGUUUGUAAAUACUGUAGCUGAGCUUGAUGAUUUUUUGCCGAUGGUGCAGUCCUUCUGGGAAAAUACACAACCUAUCUUCUCCUCCACGUCUUCCAUGUUUUGUUUCACCAAAAAGUUAAAGGCCCUGAAACCUUUAAUCCGUUCUCUGGCAAAGAACAGAAUGGGAAAUCUUUCUCGUAAGACGAAGGAGGUUUAUGAGACUCUAUGUGAAAAGCAGAAUGCGAACGCUUCUCACCUCAAAGGGUGGAGGAGGAGACGGAAGCUUACAGGCGUUGGGAUUUCAUUUCGAAGCUUGAGGAAAACUUCCUUAAAUAGCGAUCCAAGAUUCACUGGCUCAAGAUUGGGGAUGGCGGAAGGUUUCUUUUCUGAGUUUCUACAGCAUAUUCCUACUGACUAUGAGGGUAUUUUGACGGCAGAUCUUCAGAAUUUGAUUCAGUACAGAUGCUCGGAAGAGGAAGGUAAUAAUCUUAUCAAGAUUGUCACAGAUGAGGAUGUCAGAUCAGUCUUAUUUUCCAUGCCGAGCAACAAAUCUCUUGGUCCUGAUGGGUAUAAUAUGGAGUUCUACAAAGCAACAUGGUCUAUUGUGGGGAAAGAGUUCACUAUCGCAGUUAAAUCUUUUUUCUAA